CCAGGCUUUUUCCUGCCUGAUUUCAUAAUAAUUUCGGGAAAUGGAUUACAAGUGAACCGGACUCAAUGCAACUAAUUUACUUGACUUUCCUAUUGAAUGUUGUAGUGGUGAAGUUCCCGAAAUAUCUGGAAUUGUAAUGUCUUAAAAUGUAUAUCAUUUUCAUCAGGCUUUCGUUAUACACCGUUCUUGUUUAGUUAGCCACUUGGUGUAUUUAAGUCACUUACUGGUCAGCUAAAAAUAGUAUUCUUUAUCAUGUAUUGUGUUUAACGAUAUCUAAUCUGGGGGGCUAUUUACUUUUUAAAUGAUUGUUCGGUUCCUAACAAGCCAGGCUCUUUUAUCUCAUUAAUUUGCUAACUAAACAAGCGUCGACGAGUUUUGGUACUCGGUGUACCGUUUUCAAUUCCCCCCCCCGCCCGCCGCUUUAUUUUCACCCGAAACCCCCGGUGUCUCAACAAAGCUUGUUUUGACUGUUAGCAAGUUUGCAGGCUUUUACAACACAACGAAACCCGUGCAGAAGAGCCACAUUAGCGAGUAGCGGCUCAUUUGACCGGUGCUUGACUCGUGUCCUGUAGCUAUCUAGCUAGCCAGCCAGGUGCUCAAUCAUAUCACUCAAUGGCUAUAAAUACACCACUCUUUGUCCCCCACUCAGCGCCCUACCAAAAGCGGUGAGUUUGCCUAUUGAUCCCUUCCACCUUACGACUUUUCAGACAACCCAUUGGGACUUUGUCGCUCUACAUGGUCGCCACAGCCAAGUCUAUCUGAAAAACUUGGAGGCACUGUAACAAUGCUGGAAUGAGGCAUCUCGCCCCGGCUGGAUGUCUUCAAGUCGGGUUACCGAAGUAAACGCAUUCAACUGUGGCUUUUUGGCAGAAUAUCAAGCGUCAUCAUGGCCUGUCAACAGUAACUUGUACCCGUGGAACAUCAUGUCGGAGGAUAACAACGCAGACAUAUUCAUCAAGGAAACCUCCAUCUUGGAGGAGUACAACAUCAACUGGACACAGAAGCUCGGGGCUGGGAUCAGUGGACCUGUUAGAGUUUGUGUUAAGAAGUCGACUCAGGAACGACUGGCCUUGAAGAUCCUCAUUGAUCGUCCCAAGGCCAGAAAUGAGGUGCGGCUUCACAUGAUGUGUGCCACACACCCCAACAUCGUGCAGAUUAUGGAGGUGUAUGCCAAUAGUGUGCAGUUUCCUCACGAAUCCACUCCAAGAGAGAGGUUACUGAUCGUCAUGGAGAUGAUGGAGGGAGGUGAGCUGUUCCACAGGAUCAGUCAGCACAAACACUUCACAGAGAAGAUGGCCAGCCAGGUCACGAAACAGAUUGGCCAGGCACUGGAACACUGUCACUCACUGAAUAUUGCACACCGAGACCUGAAACCAGAGAACCUGCUCUUCAAGGAUAACUCCCUGGAUGCACCAGUGAAGUUGUGCGAUUUUGGAUUUGCCAAAAUCGACCAGGGCGACUUGAUGACCCCACAGUUCACGCCUUACUACGUUGCACCUCAGGUACUUGAGGCUCAAAGGCGACACCAGAAGGAAAAGUCUGGAAUAAUACCUACCUCACCCACCCCCUACACUUAUAACAAGAGCUGUGACCUGUGGUCCAUUGGGGUGAUCAUCUAUGUGAUGCUGUGCGGCUACCCUCCCUUCUACUCCAAGCACCACAGCCGCACCAUCCCCAAGGAUAUGCGCAAGAAGAUCAUGACGGCCAGCUUCGACUUCCCCGAGGACGAGUGGAGCCAGAUCUCUGAGAUGGCCAAGGACAUUGUUCGCAAGCUGCUGAAGGUGAAGCCUGAGGAGAGGCUGACCAUCGAGGGGGUUUUGGAACACCCCUGGCUGAACUGCACAGAGGCACUGGACAACGUGCUUCCUUCCGCCCAGAUGAUGAUGGACAAGGCGGUGGUAGCUGGGAUCCAGCAGGCCCAUGCUGAACAGCUGGCUAACAUGAGGAUACAGGACCUUAACGUCAGCCUCAAGCCUCUCCACUCCGUCAAUAACCCCAUCCUGAGGAAAAGGAAGCUCCUAGGCAGCAAGCCGAGUGAUGGCUUCUUCAUCCAUGACCCAGAGAACGGCGGUGAGAACUCUGUGGCCCUGGAGAAACUACGAGACGUCAUCGCUCAGUGUAUCCUCCCACAGGCUGGGGAGAAUGAGGAUGAGAAGCUGAAUGAGGUGAUGCAUGAGGCUUGGCGUUUCAACCGGGACUGCAAACUGCUGCGAGACGGGCUGCAGGGCCUCAGCUGGGACGGACGGGCCUUUACUGACAAAGUGGAUCGCUUGAAGUUGGCUGAAAUAGUGAAGCAGGCCAUAGAGGUAAAGACACAUUUGCAAGACUGUCAGUAGCAAGUGCUGUCUUACCUUUUUGUAGCGUUUUAUUAGAACAGUUUUUAGCCAAUGACUGUAGAGGCAUUUUUAUGUGACUUGACAUGCUAAAAUCAAUAGCAUUUCUUUUCAUGUACUCACUUGCAAGACUAUUGUACAGCUGUAGAUAUUCAAAAGAGGACUUGUUUGUACUAUACUGUUUUUUAUGAACAACUGCAAAUAACAUACAAUCCUUAUAUAUUUUAGUUUUUGCAAAAAAUAAAUAGUUAGUUUUAUUUCUGUACCCACUGGGAGGGAAUUUUUCCAAGCUGCUUGACCAGGAUGUCCACAGUGAUGUGUUUUAAUCUCACUUGUUUUUAUUUGAUUCUUAUUUCUUUACCUUUUUAACAAUGCUAAAAAUAGUAUUUAUUUAACAAAGAAAUCCUUAUUUUUGACCAUGAAGCCAAAUGUUUAAGUCUGUCAGUUGAACAAUAGAGGCUCUAAAGCAGACCCGAGGAACUAGGUCUAAGCUCCGUUUCUCCACCCACUGGGUGGGUGGUUUGUGUUCCAGGGAGGGGUAGGGAGUGGGCCCUCGGUGACAGUGUGAGGUUCACUGGGGGGGGGGGGGGGGAUUUCUGCUCUCGAAUGACAGAGAAAAUAUCGAAACGUGCUCUUCAAUCUACUGGAUAUCAGCAACAGUCAACAGUGCAAUAGUCAUUUAGGGCAUGUACAUAUGUUGUAUUUACAUUCAAAUGCAUACAUUUACAUGUUAUAUAAUAUGUAUAUUUAUGUAUGUAAAGUAUUAUUCAUGGCUAACGUGGACCCUCCCUGUUUCUUCCUGUGGUAACGAGUACAGAGCAUAGUACACCAAACAAAACUGAUCAAAAGAGGCAAUGCAGGUUCUCUAAUAUAGUACUUGACUAUUUGAUAGUUGUAUUUAUGUUUUCCUAUUUAAACAUUCUCAAAUGUAUACAUUUGAACCUUCCAUGGAUAAAGUCUUAGCCUUGCUUGCACAUGAGGCGAAUAACGUUUAUUUCCAAAUUGUUUAGAUUUUCUUCUAAAUCGAUGAGCUGAAUGGCAUCGACUCCGUUUGUCCAAGAUAGCAUGUGCUCCUCUCACAUUCAAGUGUAUUGGUGCAAGGGUUGGUGCAAUGUAAAUGCAUAUUUUCCCAUUGUAAGACUGUUGGCCUAAAUUUUUAUUUGGUCAAAACAAUGACUGCAAGCAUUUCUGUGUAUGUCAUUUUGUUUGUUUGGAGGCCUAUCAUGAAUCAAUGCUGAAGUUGUCCUCCAAACAUCUGCAACAUGAAUGUGUCAUGGCUGUUAACUGUUUCAUGGCAACAUAUAGCCUCCUAACUCAGGAUAACAAUGCAUUCAUAAUCACAAAUAACACUUGCUCCUCUUUGUGUGAAAAUACCCAAUGAUACAAAGUGUCUUCAACGCACAAGAUCAGGGCUCGUAUUCAGAACGCGCCUGUUUCCUCUGCCCAAAUCAUCAGAAAGGCUAAACUGACCCUGCUUGGCCCUCCUACACUAUGAAUACAGGCCCUGAUGUCUAGACUGGUUUUAUAUCAUCUGCUGUCUGAGAGAAAUAUUAAGAGUGAGAUGGAGAAAAGGUACAAUUCUCCCUUCAUUUGCGUUUUGUACAUGAGCAUACAGUCAGUCACCUGGAAGUGAGAACUUAAAUAGCUCCUAUUAGGUAGCUCGAGAGCAUGCCUCGUCAGACACUGUUUAAGUAGUUCCUAAGUCCAUAUCUGCAAUAGAUCCAGGCAGCACCUAUGGUUGCAUCUCAAAUGGGUCCCUAUAGUGCCCUACUUUUGGCCACUAAACUUGCCUAUGCUAUUCCUUUCUUCUCUGUUCCAUAUUUCCUCCGGUUGUCUCGUAUGUACAUGCAUACGUUAAAAAAAAGUUAAUUGCGAACAAGGUCCAACCUGAAACAUGACUUCAGCUAUUAACCCAAACCUUCUGAAUUUGUGGGGGGGCUGCCACAUUUGGCACCCGGGGAGCUGGGUUUUUUUUUUUGGGGGGGGGGUAGUAAACUACCUAGCUCAAGGGUCAGAACAGAUUUUUCACCUUGUCGACUCUGGGAUUCGAACUAGCUACUUUUCGGUUACUAGCCCAACCCCUCUUAACCGCUAGGCUACCUGCUGACUCCAUGGAAGAUUUGUACCUUAAUCGGUAUUCUUAAUUUCCUUUUGUCCUCUGUCCUCUUGGGAAUGUCAUGAACAUGCUGACUAUUUGUAUUAAAGGAAUUAUUUGCAA